CCGGGGAAGGUCACCCAGCCGGGAUGGGCUCCAUCCGGGGGAUGCUCCGGGCUCGCCGGCAGCGCUGCGCUGAGCGCGGAGCUCCCGCAGCCGCCCGGAGGAUGCUCCGGCCGGGCUGUCCUUGGGAACGCGCUCCCGUGGAGGACGCUGGAACAGGAGCCGCUGCUCUCGGAGAAGCCAUCGGCGGGGCCGGGCUGCUCCCCGCGGCUGCCCGGCCCAGCCCGGCAAGGUGAGGUGCCGGAGGCUCGGUGCCCGCGGCUCUGCGGGAUGCUCGGCGCGGCUGCACCGUCCUGCCGCUCCCUGCCGGCAGCGCCUCGGGCAGCUCGCAGAGCGUCUGCUCAGUCCCCAGGCGGCUGCUUCACCUUCACGGCUGCGAGCGAUGCUCAGGCAGCGGAGGAGAGCUGAUGCCGGCAGCCCGCAGGACAUCCUGACCACCAGCCAAGGCCACGGAAGCAGAACUGUCCCUUCCUGAGAGCCGGACCCAGAGGUGACAAAGCCGUGGUGUGAUCGGCAGCCUGGGGAUGAAAGUGCUGGGGGCAGUGACUGUGCUUUGGGUGCCAGCUCAGUGCCUGCCCAGGCUGAGGUGACUUUGGGGCUGCAGUGCUGUGUGGAGAGGGUGAGGAGAGGUGCUGGGGUGUGGAUCCGGGCAGGGAGGCUGGCUGAGGGUCCCAUGCUCUGUCCAGGCUUUGGGGCAGAAAUGGGCAUAAGGAUUGGCUGGUCAUUAGUGGGAAAACAGGUCCCAGUCUGGAGCUGGAAGGUGCUCUUUGCACAGAGGGAACUGGCUAUGAGAUCAUGGCCAGAGGUGCAAGAUGACCCCACGGAAUUGGAGUUUUAAAACGCAAGUGAACGAACAGCAAGUGCCAGUCAGGGAUAAAUCCAGAUCUUCCUUUCCAGAGCACAAACUCCGUAGGGAUCCUAUAUCUUGCUGAAAGUAAAGCCACCCCUAUAAGGACUCUACGAGGUCCUUGAGACUGUGUCACAGAUCUCUCUAGUCCUUACAUCCCAACAGAUAUUCCUAAUGAACAGCUGUUCAUGGACAGAGGACACAGGGGAUCCCACGUGUGGCACAUCCCUGGUCGGGCCAGGGUGAAUGGCUGGUGUGGUAACAGCUGGCACUCUUUCCUCCAUGUGCAUCCCUCCAUCACCAACCCUCCCAGCACCACGCUGGGCAUCACCAUCACCCCUGACACCCCACUGCCACCAAGGUCAGAGCAGGAAGGAAUGCUGCGGGACAAGGGAUGUUCCUGUUCUGGGACCUCACCAGUCCUUCCCCACCAGGGGAGGGAGGCAGGAAGGGCACAGAACAAUUCCUCAGCCUAUCCUCUGACCACUGUAGGAUCUGCAGCUGCUUCUCCUCUGAUGGCUCCAUGAUCUCCCAGGAGCUGAGAGCCCCCCGUGUGGCCCUGCUGUGCUUCAGUUCGAGGGCUCUGUGGUGGCUGCAGCAUGGUCCAAGCCUGCUUGGUGUGCUCCAGAGUCGAUAGGGGCAGCCUGGCAGCCCGGGCAGCUGCAGCGGACAUGGACAAGCAGGACAAGCCCAGUCCCUCUGCCAAGAAGCACGUGCGACUCCAGGAGAGGAGGGGCUCCAACGUGUCACUGGUGCUGGAUAUGAGCUCUCUAGGGAACGUGGAGCCCAUCCAGCCUGUCUGCACGCCACGGGACAUCACGCUGCAGUUUCUGAGGACGUCCAGCCACGUGCUGAGGAAACAGGAGCUGCAGCAGCACGCCCAGAGCCUGGCACAGCUCCAGGAGGAGUUUUCGAAAAUCCCACCCAACUUCGUGAGUCCGGAGGAGCUGGAAAUCCCUGGACGUGCUUUCAAGGACAGAUACAAAACCAUUCUCCCCAAUCCUGAGAGCCGGGUCUGCCUCAGGAGGGCUGGAAGCCAGGAGGAAGACAGCUACAUAAAUGCCAACUACAUCACAGGCUACGCGGGGCGGCCCCGGGAGUACAUCGCCACGCAGGGACCGCUGCUGAGCACCGUGAGUGACUUCUGGCAGAUGGUGUGGCAGGAGGAGGCUCCUCUCAUCGUCAUGAUCACCGAGCUCCAGGAGCGCAAGGAGAAAUGUGUCCACUACUGGCCCGAGAAGGAGGGCACCUAUGGCCCCUUCACCAUCCAGGUGCAGGGGGUGAGCGAGUCUGUGGAGUACGUGGUGCGAGACCUCUCCAUCCAGCUUGGGAAGGAAAGCCGCAAGGUCAAACACAUCCUCUUCCCUUCCUGGCCGGACCAGCAGACACCCGAGUCAGCCAAGCCCCUGCUGCACCUGGUGUCCAAGGUGGAGGAGGCUCUGCAGACUGCAGCCAGCCCGGGGCCCAUCGUGGUGCACUGCAGCGCGGGCAUCGGCCGCACUGGCUGCUUCAUUGCCACCAGGAUCGGGUGCCAGCAGCUGCGGGACAAGGGGGAGGUGGACAUCCUUGGAAUCGUGUGCCAUCUGCGCAUAGACAGAGGUGGGAUGAUCCAGACGAGCGAGCAGUACCAGUUCCUCCAUCACACGCUGGCUCUCUUCGCUUCCCAGCUGCCAGAGGGGGCAGGCCGCUAGUGCAGGGCUCCCCCCGGCCUUGUGGCUCCCUGCUCCGACCUCUCCUGCACCAGCCUCGGGGGUACCUUCACCAAAACCUCUCCUGACGCUGCCAGGCCACAGAGCAGCAGCGUGAACAUCCCUGGGGAUGAGUACAGCUGAGCCAACCCACGGCCACGGCGGCUUUGGACCUGGGGAUGAGCAAGGUGAGGUGGUGCACUGGUGCUCGAGGUGGCCACUGCUGCUGGCUCCAGGCAGAUUUCACCCAUAGAAAGCAGCUUUGGCUUUCGAGAGGUGCAAGAUCCUGAACCAGAAGAGCAAGAUGUGCAGAGGAACUGCAGCUGGCAGAUGCUGGGACCAUGGUUUCCCUUUCAGCUGCAGACAAAUGUCCACCCUGUUAGACACAGCACUGGUGGAACUAUCCUGAAAUAAAUGGAGUCUCUGUC